AUUGUUUAAAAAAAUUAUAAAUGAAAAAUACACGAUGGUGUUAACUAAGAAAAAGUGAUCAUUUCGGGGCUUACUUGUUCAAACGUGAGGUCCAUAAGGCGCAUCCUGGUCUCAUCUCACGUGCUAGAACCGACUUGAUAAGUUGCAGGGCAAUGGCACAGGCAAUCAAGGGGGCGAUCGCGACGCACAUGAGAAGGUUAUACCAAGGGGGACCUCGACUCUUUUGCAGUUUUUCGAGAAAUAACCUCCCGUCAGAAGUCACCACGAAAUACGCCCAAAGCACCGAUUUUCUCCUCAACAAUCUUAAAAAUGCCAACAGUACCAAGAACGUCUUGGACAUGGUCUCGCAACACAAUGACAUCAUGAACAACAAACACGUUAUCCAAGCUUUACGUAGCUUAUUCACUUUACAAAAAAACGGAAAUUCAGAAAUGUCCACAAAUGAAAUUCUAGCCCACCAAGAUUUUCGCAAAUUGUGUCGCAAAUUGCGCUCUCAGGCUGCGAGUAUUGAGUUGGGUGAUAUAAUUGAAGCGUUGAAAGUUGUCUCGUAUGUUGGGGUUCCCGCCGACUCGACUAUUUUCCAAGUUCUUCUUCAGUUGAUCAGACACAACGUGAAUCAUUUAAAUUUGCAACAAAUUAUCUUUCUCGAAUUUUUGUUGACUCAGACAAAGUCUUCUCCUCUGGUCGAGGCGCUAAAAAUAGCCUUGCCCAUGGUUUUUGAAAUACAUUUGCCGGUCAAAAUGGACUACGAUAAUGCCGCGCAUUUGGCUGAUUGUUUGUAUUUCGCUUCGCGGAACGCUUUGAACGUCGAAUCAAUCGAAAAACUCGUCAAUGCUUUGAUGGGACAUCGCGAAUUUGAUGCGAAAACCGCCAAAAGUGUAGUUUGGUCAAUUUGCGAUAUGGAGCCCGAUGAGAUGUUCAGGCCGCUAAUGAAUAGAGCCAUUGAUUCACUCAUUGUGCAUUUAGAUGAAUUGAGCUUCAACGAAAUGGAGACUACUUUGACGAAAUUAAUCAGUCGAUUUGGCCAGAAAUGCACGUACUUUUACAACGAGACGUUUUACGACUCGUGUGCGAACUACGUUAUUGACAAGGACUUGGGUUUCAAACAGUCGAUUUAUAUUUUACGAAAAUUUGGACGCAUUAAUUAUCACCACAAGUUCAUGCUGGAUUAUAUGUCGAAAAAAGUGUACGAAAACCCCGAAUUUAUCACAAAAGGGGACCCUUUGGAUAUUUACAGCAUUGCUGUUUCGACCGCUUUGAGCGAAUAUCGACCUGUUCAUUGGGACACACUAAAAGACCUAAUUAUACGAAGUGAGAAUGUUGCAAAUUCUGCCAAGAAGGAAAUAAUUUGGAUCAAAUUCGCUGCGGCGUUAUGUCUUCUAGACAUCUAUAAACUGGACGUUCUGACGAAGUGUUUGAACGAGAAUUUCUUAAAUGCCUUGUUCAAUAAGAAAAGGUUCAAGUCUGAUUUUGAAAAUUACGCCACGAUUUGGCAGUGCAUCAAGUUAUUUAAACCUGAACUCAAUUGUCUGUUGUCAACAAAGUUUGACCCACAAGUUCUAGUCAAGCAUUUUAGACACAAUUUGGAUUUUCCCUUAGAAGGGGCUUUACAUAAGGCCUUAGGAGGGGACAAGUACGUCAAGACGGACCUUUAUUCGAAAAUGGGGGUGGAAGUCGAUCAUGUGGUCGUGUUUAGAAAAGGUGGAUAUCCUGUCGCAAUGAAUUAUUCGGAGGAUUUAGAGUUUGUUGAAGAUAUUGACGUGCCGUCCGACAAUCAGUUAGUUGCCAUCCUAGGUUUACGACAUUUUGGUUAUACUUUGAACAAGAAAAUGAGGAGUAGUACAAAUAUGGCAAUCAGAGCGUUGGAGGCAAAUGGGUGUCAAGUAGUUCCUGUGUGUCUAGAAGUGUGGGAAGGUUUACCAGACUUUGAAAAAAUUCCUUAUUUAAUGCAAGCUAUUAAGGAACGGACUGAUAGUGAUCUGAAUGUGACAGAGAGUGUUAUUUAAAAACAAUAAAAUUUUAUAUUAGAAA